UAAAACUAUACUAUAAUAGCAUAACAUAUGGGUCUAACCUAAGUUACGGCGACAGAGACACCAUGGAAAGGAGCAACAACGACGACGCAUCAGAAAUCAAGAAAGUGGAAUUCGAUGCUUCGGAGAUUGAAUACGUCAAUUACGGCGGCGAGCAUCACCUACCUCUUGUCAUAAACCUGGUCAACCAAGAACUCAGCGAACCUUACUCCAUCUUCAUGUACCGUUACUUCGUCUAUCUCUGGCCUCAUGUUUCUUUCCUGGCGUUCCACAAAGGUAAAUAUGUGGGCACGGUGGUUUGUAAGAUAGGGGAACAUCGUAACACUUUCAGAGGGUAUAUUGCUAUGCUCGUUGUGAUCAAGCCUUAUAGAGGAAGAGGCAUUGACUGUGGGUGA